CACAACUCCUGCGAACUGGCGAGGCUUGUCCAUGGCAUCUCCACUGUGCCACCUCACUGCCCUGUUCCUUUUGCUCCUGUCCUCUCUGAGCACAUCUUUGUCCAGUACAGACUUAUUUAGAAUCCAGACCAAGAAUGGAGUAGUGCAAGGACGACUACAAUUGAACCCUGCACAGGGCGGGAAUGUUUAUGUCCGAACGUUUUUAGGAAUACCAUAUGCAAAACCACCCAUAGGUCCUCUGAGAUUCAAGCCUCCUCAGCCUGCAGAGAAAUGGACGAAGGACUAUAAUGCCUUCUCAUAUUCAAAUACAUGCUACCAACUUCCAGACACUUCCUUCCCAGGUUUCCAUGGUUCGGAGAUGUGGAACCCAAACACCCCUGUCAGUGAAGACUGCCUGUACCUAAAUGUGUGGGCCCCCCAUGUGAACACAUCCCAGCCCCAGCCCCUGGCCCCCGUGAUGGUGUGGAUCUAUGGAGGGGGGUUCACAUCGGGAACCUCCUCUCUUCAACUCUACAACGGACAGUACCUGAGCACCUCUGAAAAUGUGGUUGUGGUGUCCAUGAAUUACAGAGUGGGAGCCUUGGGAUUCCUCUCUCUUCCCAAUCACCCCGUUGUCAAAGGUAACGCUGGCCUGAUGGACCAACAGCUGGCCCUGCGCUGGGUCUCUGAGAACAUCGCUGCUUUUGGGGGCGACCCAUUUAAGGUGACUAUAUUUGGGGAAAGUGCUGGGUCAGCUUCUGUGGGCUACCAGCUGCUCUCCCCGGGCAGCAAGGAUCUGUUUCAGAGAGCCAUCAUGCAAAGUGGCAGCCCUACUGGUCCCUGGGCCCAUGUGAGUCUGGAAACAGCGUGGAAGAGGUCCCAAAGUCUGGUCCAGUUGCUUGGAUGUCCACUGACCCCUAGAGUCCAGAUGGAACUUUGUCUUCAGAAGGUCAAAGUGGAGGACAUCGUAAAUAAGCAGCUUGAGGUGCCUAGCAACUCCUUCCUCAGUUUUCCAUUUCUUCCGGUCGUUGAUGGGAAGUUCCUAACCCACUCAGUCAAAGAUAUGUUGAGCAGCAAAAACCUCCCAAAGAAAGACCUCCUCAUCGGCGUAAACCAAAAUGAGGGGAGCUACUUCCUCCCGUAUGGUGCGCCUGGGUUUAGCCUGAAUGGGCAGAGCCUCAUCUCCAGAGCCCAGUUCCUCCAGGGCAUUCCCGUCAUCCUGCCUAAAGAUGGGACAGCCGUUAGGGAAGCAGCCAUCUACGAGUACACCGACUGGAUGGAUGAGAACAAUAUGACCAAGAACAGAGACCACAUGAGCAGCUUGUAUGGAGACUACAUGUUUCUUUGCCCAGUCCUGGAAUUUAUUCACAAGUAUUCUCGACAUGGGUGCAGCUCCUUCCUCUACUGGUUCGACCACCGCUCUUCGGUCAACCCCUGGCCUGAGUGGAUGGGCGUCAUGCAUGGCUAUGAGAUCGAGUUCAUUUUCGGGAUGCCCCUGAACACAUCCCUGGGAUACACAAAGAACGAAAUCAACAUGACCAGAAAGCUUAUGAAGCACUGGGCGAACUUUGCUAAGACAGGGAAUCCCAGCAUUGGUGGUGCUGAGUGGCCCCAGUUCACAGAAGAUAAGAUGGAGUACGUCACCCUAAACUACCAACAUCCAGAAAUAAGAAGUCAUUUAAAAGCCCGCGAAUGCCGUUUCUGGACCACAGUAGUACCGGAAAUACAAAAGAUUUCAGAUAAGAUGGUGGAAUGCUCAGAUGGGGAUGUACUACGCUCCAGUUUUAUGUCCUUACUCUUUCUACUGGCAUUGUCUUUUAUAUUUCAACUAUGAACUGUUUGAAAAGGAAGUUUUACACUGUCAAAGGACUUUGAAGGAAGCAAGUGAUGGUGGGCACUUGGUUUGCAGCUUUGUAUUUCUGGAUUUGAUUUUUUUUAUAAAUAUAUAUAUAUAUAAACAUGAAUUAACUGUUCUCAUUGAAGUUAAUUAAACUAGUAGUAGUAGUAGUGUUGCUUGGCUAUACAAAAAUUGAUAAAAAUGUUUACCUCUUGCCUGUUUAUAUGUUGCAUUGAAACUGAAUGUCUGAAGUCUUACAAAACAUCAGGUAUUCAGCAAAUCUGUGCUAGGUUAUGACAUAAUCAAAUACAUGUGUUAAAUAAUGGUGUAAAUAAAUGAAAGUUUGUCUGUU